AUGAGGAGACUGUUGGUGUUGCAACCCCAAGUGGGGAAAGGGGGGUUCCAACCGAAGGAACCUUUUUCCAAAUUUCGAAGAUGGAAAAAGUACAUUCCCUUUUAUGAUGUGAAGAAGAGGCACAAACAAAGGACGGGGAGUGAAGAAAUAAAUGAGGUGGAAAAUAUAAACGCAAGUGGAGUUACUAAAAGCGAUACACAAUCCAGUUGGAAUGAGCAUAUAAACGGAGAGACAAAUCAACACCUUAGGUGCGAAAACCUCGUUCCCCCUAUAAGCCCUAUGAAGGGAUUAAAGCUUCUCCUAAGCUGUAGACAUGUACAAAGUAGGUAUCACGAUAAAAGUGAUGAUGCCUCCCCCAUGGAGAGUACCGGCAAUGAGGAAAAGAUUAACUUUAAUUUAAUCAUCAAAAUUGAUAUAAAGAGAGAAUCCCUGAGGGGCAUGUGUAACCUUCCUCACAGCGUAGACAGAAAUAAAAAAAUAUUAGUCUUAGUGGAUGAGGAUCAUCAAUCCUUGAAGAAAGCAGGAGCAGAUUAUGUAGGGUUAGAAUACAUUAACAGAAUAAAAAACGGAUGGCUAGAUUUCCACAUAUGCCUGUCCGAUUUUAAGAAUAUCAAUAAAAUCCUUCCGGUUGCAAAAAUAUUAGGACCGAAGAAGUUAAUGCCAAAUGUUAAAUCGAAUACUUUGGUACACAACCUGGUGGACGCCAUCCUUUCUAUUAAAAGUGGGAAUAGAAUUGAGUACCGAAGUGAACAGGUAGAUGCAGAGACCUUUGAUUUGUUCAAUCACAUCUACCAGUUUAGAAAUGUGCAUUUGGGCUCUAUAGCCAAUCUCAGUGUUAAUAUUGCUUCUACCGAAAUGAACCCGUAUGACACGCUAGAAAAUAUCAAGUGCUUCGUCACAGAAAUUUUGAAGUGCAAUGUGCACUCAAGUCACAUGGAGAAGGAUGCCAAGGUCACCUUCACAUGGCCACCCAUCACAUGUAAGAGGAAGAAGAAGAAGAUGCUGCACCUGCAGGGAGGCAAUCCCCUCCUCCUCGGUGGGGAUCAGAACUCCGAGUCCUUCAUCCUUGGGGCCUAUGUCACCGUACCUGGCAUCCCAAAAAUAUUUCUCCACCCGCAACUCCUUCUACCCCAUUCGGAUGGCUACUCCGUCUAG